GAGAACUGCAACGCAUUAUCUUCCCCCGACCAAACAACAUGGCGUUCACUUUUGCGGCGUUUUGCUACAUCGUUGCACUUGUCUUAUCAGCUGUUCUUAUUUUCUUUGCAAUUUUUCACAUCAUUGCAUUCGAUGAGCUGAAAACAGACUAUAAGAAUCCUAUUGAUCAGUGCUCAAGCUUAAAUCCGCUGGUGCUUCCUGAGUAUGUACUCCACAUAUCCUUUACCUUGCUGUUCCUCUUCGCUCUUCAAUUUGGCUCAUUUCUUUGGAAUUUGCCACUGGUUGUUUAUCACAUAAGAAGGUAUAUGCACAGGCCAGUCAUGAGUUGCCCAGGUCUGUAUGAUCCAACCACCAUAAUGAAUGCAGAAGAGCUAAACAGGGCUCAGAAAGAGGGAUGGAUCAAGCUUGGCUUCUAUCUGAUCUCUUUCUUUUAUUAUUUAUACAGUAUGAUAUACGUGCUGGUGUCUUCAUGAAGAGUAUAUGAUGUCAGUAUUGCAUCUAACUCUGUACAAACACUGCAUCAAAUUUGCAUAGAGUCGAGCAUUGGGUGAGAUGUGUCAUCUGCUACAGCUGCCUUCUAGUUCCACAUGCAUUUCAGAACAAGCUGCUUUGAAAUAGAUGAUCUCUACAAUGAUUGCUACAAUUAACUGUGGUUCAAAUGCAUGGCCCUGACAGAAAUAUUACACAUUUUCCCCUCACAUGCAGAUUUCAUAUGGCAGUCAAAGUUGUGUUAUUACAUUAAUUCGAGCAACAUAUUUUAAUUUUAGACUUUCAACAUGUAGCAAUAGCUUGACUGAUUUUGUGUAUGAAUGAAUUGUCCCUAAUUGAUGAAAUCUUAAGUGUACUCGUUGGGAAAGAAUGAUUUUUGGAUAUUUUUUAAUUAUUAUGUUUUUGAGUGAGAAUUAGUCAUGUUUCUGUGGUGCUUUCAUAUAAUUACACAGUAAUCAUGUAUAUUUGUACCCUAGCCAAAAUGGAUCCAGUUUUCAUUUAAGUUUAUUAUGGGUCACAUUAGUUUAAGUUGGUGGUUCUCAAAGUGGGCCGCAUGCAUGAGUCAGGUGGUCUGCAGUUGACAGACAUCAUAUGUCAGCAGUGAUACGCUAAUUAGUCCAGCAUUGAUUUCACAAGAGUUUUAGUUUUAUCGAUGCCCAACUGCUCGUUCACAUAAAACACUUGCUUACCAACUAAGUCUUUAUGUCGUGGCAUGAGUAUCAUGUCAUUUAAUUGCAUCAUCCAUUACCCCUUAGUAAUGCAGUGCACUCACUUGUUUUUAAUUUUUAUGUGUUUUUUGUGAAGUAAUUUUAUGUAAACUUAUUACUAUACUACUGUCACAAAAGUACAUUUAGUUUUGAAUUGUAAUCAAACAGUUUAAAAUUUAAAUUCACAGUACAGAGUGAUUUUAAGCCUUGGUGGUCUAUUUUUUACUUUAGUAAAGUGGUCCAUGGUCCGAAGUACUUUGAGAACCACUGGUUUAAUGAUGAGAGAAAGAUCACUAUAUCUUCAAUCACAAAUAUUAGAGAAAAUAUUGUUACUAUUUACUACUUAAUAUCUAGGGGAAUGUAGUAAACAAUGGUGGGUAUUUUUUUUUGCUGUUUUAGAGAAAACACAUGAGUACUACUAUAAAGCCUCCAAUCGCAUGUGAUACAAUUAUUCUGCAGUUUUUAUUUCUUAAAAGGACUUUUUAUGAGUUGUAUUAGGAACAUCCUUUGAAUUUCUUCAUUAUUUAUGAACUCUUUACUAAGUUUUAUGCUCAUCCACUGAGUAAAUGUGGUUUUCCAACAAUACCUGUUUCAUUCAACUGUGAAGUCUGACCUGAGUAAACACAAGUUUAAGUUUAACGUUGCUGGCAAGUUAACAGAAAAUAGUAUUGUCCUUAAUUGUUACAAAAUGUGUAGUGAAUUUUUUAAUUUUCUUUUUUUAGAAAAGCGAGUUGAUCAGAAUUUGUACUUUGGUCAGCAUUGAAGAUCAUGACCAUUUGCAAACUCUUUGUAAAUCUUCCAUUGCAUAAUCAGUCUGCUGACAUUGACCUUGAGAUGCCACUGGACAUUAGAUCUUGACCUUUUUCCAAAGCCCAGUAAACUGGAUACAAACCUAAGAACUGCUUAAGAAAGCAUACAGCCUGCAGGAAAGAUAGAAAAAUAACAUUUAAACCGAAGCAGUUUCUACUCCUUAACAGUUUUUCAUACAUAUACAGAUAUGUAGCAUGAGAGUCUACUAGUACUAAAUGAAGUGUAAGACUAAAUAGAGAGUGUGAAAAUAUAUAAAUAAUAAAUAAAUGGCACAUUUGUAUAGCUGUCUCUUAUGAAUUCAAAGAAUAAUUGAUUUUCCAGAAAUGAAUUAAUAUAAUGGCACAUAAUAAAUUAAUAUAAUCAGCUUAGCCAUAGGUCCAUUGCAUUAAGGGUUUAUCAGAACUGAACCCAGAGCACAAACUCAAAGCAGUGAGUAUAUUCGUAAACCUUACUACUUAUUGUUAUUUUGGAAAACAUGUAUUGAUUUCUUCAAUAAAUGUCUUUCUGAAAAGUGUACCUGUAUUCAACAAUACACUGGACAUCGUGAAAUUAAGUUGUCAAAGCCAACCAUUCCCAAAAGGAGACCUAUGAGAAUAUAGAGAUUUGGUUUAUUGUAUUGAUGUUUACUCCAGUGACUCCAGAGCUUUCAUUUUUUUCCUGGGCGCAAAUGAAACUAAAAUUGGGUUGUUUUCUCAUAAUUUUGAAAAUUAGUAUCUUGCAAUUGGCGAAAAGUACGUAUUCAGGUUUUAUAGCAAUGAACAAGUUUUAAUUUCUUAUUUUGAAAGUCUGUUUAUGUUGUGCAUGACGUGAAAAUAAAGGAAGUUAAACUUAA